AUGCGCGUUUUCUUCUUGAUCCUAGCGAGCAUAUCAUCGGUAAAAGCGGUCGAUUUGGAAUGUUUUAUGGGUCGAAAUCCCUUAGGCUACACACCACAGAUCUACGACGUAUGUCAUCGUUAUCGCUUUCAUCAAUCGCCACAAUGCCUCAAGUUUACACAAGGCAGUGUGGUAACCAGGGAUUGUGAUCCAUCGUUUUUGUGUGAGGUAGGCUUUGGAUUACUGUUACAAAAUCAUAUUAUUAAUUUGGAUAGGUUAAUAUAGGGGUAGGUUAAGGUAAGGUAGGGGUAGGUAUAAGGCUAGUGCUCUAAGCUAAAGCUUUGUGCUAGAGUUCUGGGCCUUACCCUAGCUUUUUUUUAGUUAACUCCCCCCUCCCUGCCCUACCCUCCACCCCCCCCAUUAUUUUCGUUGUUACAGGUCUCUCUGAGCCAAAACCAUCUACUUAGCCCUGUAUAUAGUAAAUGACAAGCUUUUAUUGCCAACAUUACAAGCCUUUAUUACCAAAAUAUAUUGUUAUUAACUUGAGAAGUAGUAAUAGAAGCUAAUAAGUAAUGGGCUGCUUAAUUUCAGCGGCUAAUCCGAAUGAGUAAGCCGAACAAUAGUAAAGUAAUGAGUCUGAUAAUAUUACUGUUUUUGCAAGUAAUCGAAUUAAGACUAAUUUUGUUUAUCGAUUCAAAUCCAACCAGUAAGAUAUAUAAAUACACCACUCAUUCGUAUUUUUGUGUUAUUCAGGUUGAGAAUGUUACUAUUGACAAAAAUAAGUCUUGAACUUUAAUUAAAAAUGGCUGCACUGUGCAAAAUUUGAAAAAUUCAAAAAUUAGGCUAAAUUUUUCAAAUUAUUUUUUAAAAAACAAAAUAUUAAAGCCUAAGGGAAACAAUAUUAAGAUUUUUUAAUCUUAUUCUUAAACUUUCAGCGCUUCAACAUCAAAAACAAAUGUGUUCGCAACCUGGCCCAGGCCAACUUGUACGGCGAGAUUUGUUGCUGUUCCACAGAUUUGUGCAAUGCCUCUUUUAUGGCCAAACUUAACAUUUUAACAAUGUUAAUUAGCUUCGUAUUCUUUUUGGUCAUCUGA